GUGUUGUUGCGGAAGUGCCGGUGAACGCGCUCUUGGCUCUCCUCUGGUUUGGCAGUUGCAGUCAUUCUUUAGAGCAGAUAUUGCUCUCUGGUAGUCUGUUUUACCCAUAUUUUACCCGAAAAACCUGAGUCAUGGCAGCUCUAAAAUACGCAGGUAUGGAUGAUACUGACAGUGAAGACGAGCUACCUCCCGGAUGGGAAGAGAGAUCAACGAAAGAUGGUUGGGUCUACUAUGCAAGCCAUGAUGAGAUGAAGACACAGUAACACCCAAAGACUGGAAAGAAAAAGCGUUGUGCUGGAGAUUUACCGUAUGGUUGGGAACAAGAAACUGAUGAAAAAGGACAGAUCAUUUAUGUUGAUCACAUUAACAAGAGGACCACGUACUUUGACCCGAGGCAGGCGUUCACAGUGGAGGAUGUGGUGUUGAAGCCAAAACGUUACGAUGGAAACACUGCUGCUCUGGAGAUCCUGCAGGGUCGUGACUUCUCUGAUAAGGUCAUCCUCAUAACUGGAGGCAAUUCUGGCAUUGGCUUUGAAACAGCCCGGACUUUUGCUCUUCACGGUGCCCAUGUGACGGCGUGUCGAAACUUGUCCAGGGCCAGCAAGGCGGUCAGUCUCAUACAGGAGGAGUGGCACAAAGCCAGGGUAGAAGCCAUGAUGUGUGACCUGGCCUCUCUCCGCAGUGUCAGGGAGUUUGCAGAGUCUUUCAAAGCAAAGAAGCUGCCCCUGCACAUUCUGGUGUGUAAUGCAGCUGUGUGCACUCAGCCCUGGUCCCAGACGGAGGAUGGCCUGGAGUCCACUUUCCAGAUCUGCCACCUCGGUCACUUCCUGCUCGUCCAGUGCCUCCAGGAUGUGCUGCGUCGCUCUGCUCCUGCCCGUGUUGUGGUGGUAUCCUCAGAGUCCCACAGGUUCACAGACCUCUUAGACUCAUGUGGGAAGGUGGACCUGGCCCUGCUGUGUCCCCCAAAGAAGGAGUACUGGUCCAUGCUGGCAUACAACAGAGUCAAACUUUGUAAUGUCCUCUUCAGCCACGAGCUCAACCGCCGCCUGUCACCUCAUGGUGUUACAUCAAAUGCAGUGCAUCCUGGGAACAUGAUGUACACGUCUAUUCACCGCAGCUGGUGGCUGAUGACCUUUCUCUUCACACUGGCCCGACCUUUCACCAAGUCUAUGCAACAAGGGGCGGCCACCACGGUGUACUGCGCUGUCGCUCCGGAGCUUGAGGGGUUAGGCGGCAUGUACUUCAACAACUGCUUCCGCUGCCUGCCGUCCAUGCAGGCCCAGGACCAGAGCAGCGCUUCGAGCCUGUGGGAGCUGAGCGAGCGGCUGGUUGCAGAGAGGUCGGCGGGCAUACAGACCCUCUGAUGGACAGAGGAGGAAGAGGAGGAGGAGGAGUAGGAGAAGGGAUCAGCUGGAGGAAGGGCAGCAGGUCAUGGUGACGUCCAUUUAGGUAUGAAGAGAAUAAAAGAUAAUUGUACUCUGACUGUACAAGAAAGCUGCCAAACCACUGGAUAUGUCACAUCACUAUGGGGGCUAAAACACACUACUUAUACAGUAGAGGAGGGGUUUCAUAUACACUGUAAAUAAAUGAAGGCUGUGUUCAGCUCUGCUGUGGUAGUUUACAAUGGGAGGGGAAUGUUUCGAUAAAUUCAGGGAUCUCCAAAGGUUUUUUUUCUUUCUCUGUCUAUUUAAAACUCUUAAGUCUUAUUCAAGAAAAUGACCUGUCUAGCCAAAAACAAGCUUACACUCUGGGGUAUCUGUUUUCAGCUCUUCGUGGUAUUUUAGUACAUCUUCCAAAGUUCUGGCUGUUUAUUCAGUAUCCUCUUGUCUAGUUCAAUGUUGAUGUUGAUAUUUCCUUUUCAUUUAUGGGGAUUAUUUGUUAAUUUUGUGCUAAGUUUUUUUCAGGCAUAGAAGAAAUAAGGAAUGAUGGGCAUGUGACACUCAUGGUUAUUAAACACACUAGAGAUAUGAGUAUAGUGGCUAUAUACAUUAUUCUGUCAUAGUUUUAUUUCUUAUCAAUGUCCCUAUUCUUUUUCUGUACAAUAUUUACAAUAUCCUGAUAUCUGAGUAUGUGCUAAACAAGUGUGGGUGUCUUACUUUUUUUUCUUUUUGCUAUUUGACUCAACCUACGUAUCAAUAAUCUAAACUCUGGUAAGUCUAAAUUACAAUUUGGAGGUAUUUCUGGGAUGAUCCGUGUCCAUUUGAACUGCAAAUACGGAUGGUGGAGGAUCUUUUUUUCCAGAGUCCAGGACCUUUUAAUUUCUGUAUUUCCCCCAGGAUGAAUGUGAGUGAUCCCAGCCUCAUGUUAUUAUAUUCUCGUCAUUGUUUUGAUAUUGGACUCUAGCUUCAGAGUGGCCCUGAAGCUGAUGUUGGGACGCUUUUGAGACGUUGUGCUUUAUGGCAGUCUGAGUGCCGUAGGUUGCUCUUGAAACAUCAGCAGUCCAGUAUUAUGAUAUCUGCAAGACAAAAAAGAGACAUAGAGAGAGAGAGAAGAUUUAAUAAAACUCAGUUUUAAAGUAAUGUGUGAAUCGUUAUAGACACUUAAAGUGGAAGUCUGUUCAUUCUUGGGCCAUUAGGGGGAGAUAUUUGUGUAAGUGAGAAACACAGACCAAACAAGAUUGUUCCUGAGGAAAAAAGUGUUCAUUGUCUACAUUAAACAAUGUGUUUGAUGAUUUAUUUAAUAAAAAAUAUAAAUGUA